GUACAUCUUUAAGUAUACAGUAAUCUUAAAAUUUGCAAAGCUGCACCUGUCAAAGGCAGUAACACUGUUAUUGUAUAGAAAUGCUGCUUUGAUUUUUUUUUUCUCCCUAAGUAGUGAGGUCCACCUUUCGAUCUAGGAGAAAUGGAAUGUGAUCAAGACAAAGGUAGCUUGAUCAUAUCUACCCUAAGAUGCACUUUUUAAAAAAUCUGCCCUUUCAUUGUCCCGGAUCUUUAAAUUUCCCACUGCUUGACUGGCAGAAAAAGUCUAAAUAUCUGGUACUGUUAGUUCAUCCUUUUCUAAUCAAUGUUGUGCAGCUGCUGAAAGGAUGGCUAGAAGGAUGUCAUGCCUGUGUAUGAAAGCAGUUACACUGCCUCUGUUGAAGAUGGGGAAAUGGAUGCAGUGCUAGGUGAUCCCUCAGCUCGGCUCUGUAAUCUCCAUGCUUGCAGACUGUACCCUCUGUGGCUCGUGUUAAUGGAACAAAGCUUUACAGCUAUACUGUCCAAGCUGCCGUGACAGAUCUCCCUGUACAUUGGGCAAAAGGUAUAAAUUUCACAUUGCUGCAUCAAUUGGAUUGCAUUGGACAAAGAUGAAACCUUCUGUUUCAUUGCAGUGCACGUGCAGUUAUUCUGUCCAGUACAGAUUUCAUCAAUACAAUCGUAAAGAUUUCAGUACUCUGACUUGAUUAAGUGUAGGUGUUUGUGUAACUUCUGUCUGAUGGUGAACAGUUGUCACACAAAUACUAUAGUGUUAUGUAAAGAGCCAUGUUUUAAAUUGGUCUUGGCAGUCCUUUGUUUAAGUAGUCUUUUCCGAAAAGAAUCAAAAUGAGUUCUGAGGAGCUGCCAAGACACAGGUGUGAAGAACUCAUUUCUGCAGUUCUAAAGAUAUCUACGUUGUUACUGAGAUAAGGGCAGCACUUGCGGUUAAGAGGCUAUUUGAAAAUACUUCAUGAAGAGUUAGAGGAAGUUGUAUAAAUAGUUGAUCAUGGACGCUUAUUCUGUUAGUACCUUACAGAAAGUAUUCUUACUCCAAUAACUAAAUCUUCACUAUUUGCUGAAGUGAAUUUUCUAAUGGUCUUAAUUACACUUCAGUAAAUAAUUGCUGGAGCAGUAGGGUACCAGCAAAGCCACUAUAUGAAGGUGUGUUAACAGUAGAGAUAGUUGCUGUGUAUAUCUAAUUCAUAUUUGCAUAGCUACACUUGCAUUUCUCUGUGGUCACAGGUGUGGUGAUGAUACGCCUACAUUUAGCAGAGAAUUUACUCCAGACUUGAUUAACACUUGUAUAUGAUGGUGGAUUUUUCCUUUUUUUCAUUUUUGAUGCUAGCAAAAAAAAAUUGGUACUUCGGAAGACUACUACUGUACCUAGUAACCCUGUGACACAUUGUAGUGUACGGUGCACCAGAACAGCAUGUACUAGCAGACUGGUCUGCUCCAUGGUCUUUCCAUGUGAUUGAUUUGCAGUUGUCAAACCUAUACAAGAUGUGCAAUGGUCAUCGUGCCCCCCCUGCCCGGAGUGGACACCGCUGUGUGGCAGACAACUCUAAUCUGUAUGUUUUUGGAGGAUACAACCCUGACUAUGAUGAGUCGGGAGGCUCGGCUAAUGAAGACUACCCCUUGUUUCGGGAGCUCUGGCGGUAUCACUUUGCCACUGGAACUUGGCAGCAAAUGCGAACGGAAGGCUACAUGCCCACAGAGCUUGCCUCCAUGUCAGCUGUUCUACACGGAAACAACCUGCUGGUUUUUGGAGGCACUGGGAUUCCGUUUGGUGAGAACAAUGGAAAUGAUGUCCACGUCUGUAAUGUGAAAUACAAGCGAUGGUCUCUGCUCAACUGCCGAGGAAAGAAGCCCAACAGAAUAUAUGGACAGGCGAUGGCCAUUAUAAAUGGCUACCUGUACGUCUUUGGGGGAACAACAGGCUACAUUUACAGCACAGAUCUGCACAGGCUGGACCUGACCACUCGGGAGUGGAUUCAUCUCAAACCUAACAACCCUCCUGAUGACCUGCCUGAGGAAAGGUACAGACAUGAAAUUGCACAUGAUGGACAGAGAAUAUACAUUCUAGGUGGAGGAACCUCCUGGACAUCAUACCCUUUAGAUAAGAUACAUGCAUACAAUCUAGAGACCAAUUCAUGGGAAGAAAUUGCAACCAAACCUCAUGAAAAAAUCGGGUAUCCUGCAGCAAGAAGGUGUCACAGCUGUGUACAGAUAAGAAAUAAUGUCUUUAUAUGUGGUGGUUAUAAUGGAGAACUGAUCCUGGGGGAUCUGUGGAAAAUCAAUUUACAGACCUUCCAGUGGACAAAACUCCCAGCGGUUAUGCCUGAACCUGCCUAUUUUCACUGUGCUGCUGUAACCCCUGCUGGUUGUAUGUACAUCCAUGGUGGCGUGGUAAAUAUUCAUGAAAACAAGAGGACUGGCUCCUUGUUUAAGAUUUGGUUAGUGGUACCGAGCUUGUUCGAACUGUGCUGGGAGAAACUUAUUAAAUACUUCCCACACCUGGCCCAGCUCUCAACAAUGCAGCUCAUAAACCUGGGUCUCACACAGGAACUGAUCGAGAGAUUGAAAUAGGGACCUCCUGGCCAGGCUUCAGGAUGAAACCGAACAGACAGCAAGGACAGACUGGGAGCAGAGUGCUGAAAGAACCUUUUUCAAAGAUUUCUUUGGGCUGCCUUAAAUGAAAACAUUGGAUGCCUUUUUGUUUGCACUUUUAAUUAUUUUUUAAAUUAAGUGGAAUGUUUCAAGUCUAUGGAUUUGCUGCAACAAGUGGAGAACAUUCAUCCUUUUUAUAGAACAACGCGUUCAGCUGGGGGAUGACCCCAGGAACCUGCUUGACCUACUACGAUACUGGUGCAGUGUGUAUAACACUAGUGCAGUAGGACUAGUUCUAAACCUUUUUUUUUCUGAACGGAUGAUCCGUGGCUUUUAAGAAUGAGAACAACAGAAAAAGGGCAAGAUAACCUGUACCAGGCUGCCAGGUUAUUCACUUUUUACUAUAACAGAAAAUGUAUAUUGCUUGUAAUAUGUUACUCAGCUUGUCCUGAUCUUGUCACAUUCAGCUCUUCAAAACUGAGUGCAUAAAUGGAGUAUAAUUACUUGGGAUACCCAGUAAUGUGAAAUCAUUUGUCUUGAUGUUUAGAAAACCAGGACUUAAAAGGAGCCAAAACUGCAAGUUUGCAGGCAUUCUUUUGUGUGGGUUCUUCCAUGUGUUUGGAAGGAUCUGUACAUGUACUAAAAAAAGAAUUCCCACUAAGACUGUAUGUCUUUAAGUGGACAGCUCUGGACAUUUUACUGUUGGAAAGCAUUUUUACUGCACUUUUAAGUUAUUUAACAGCAUGGGGCUUAAUGAAAAUUAUACAACUGUGGAAGCUGUUUUUAGAUCCUAUUUUAAAGGCUUAUCAUAUGGUGGCACACGUGAAACUGACAGAUCUGUGUUGCCUUUUUUUGUUGGCAAUUUUGUGCAAAACAACAUGUGUUGAAGCUGAUUUUUUUUUUUAAGGAGUUUGUAAAUUUUGUCAUCAUACUGACAGCUCUAUAGAGCAGCUUUGCAGAUGACUGAUGCUGUUCAGCUACAAAACAUCCAUGAUGUGAGGGUGCCACCCAAAACUUGAUCUAGAUGUUCUCUGUCUGCUUCUGGUAAAUGUCUUGCAUCUCCUCUUUAUGGUCUUCCUGUCUUAUUUUGUCUUGCCUCAGUCUUCCUUUUUAUGCCUUUUACUAAUCUUUACUAAUACACCAAAUCGAACAUCACUGUGAACUUGGUGCUUGUUAGAUCUAUUUUUCCCAAAGUAUGUGUGUGUGGAGCAGUGCAUGGAAGUCCUCAUGGCCUUAUUUGUAUGGUUUUAAAUGCAAAUGAUCUUCAUAUAUUAAGACCAAUGUAAACUUUCUAAAUGCAAUCUUAACAUUUUUGGAGAAAUUUCAGUGCCUUUUCCCCAUUUAGUAAAAUCAUUUUAAUUCAGUAUCAUUUAGUGCUUUUUUUUAAAACAAAUUGUGAAGUUAACGGUAUUAGUAUUUUAGAUGUGCAUCUAAUUUGAGUUGGCUGGGGGAAGACAAAAUGGGUCAGAAGCAUUUUGACCUUUUUUCUUCAGGUGCAUGUUCUCAAUGCUUCAUAAAACUGGUUGUUAAGAUGUACAGGAGAUGUUCGUAGACAUUUUACCAAGUGCUUGGGUGUUUGUCAGGCCUGAAUGAUGUGAAUAUUAGAUAUUCAGAUGGUACACUAGCUGGCCAAGUGCACCUUUAGUUGAAAUCUAAACUUUCACCUGGUAGUGGAGUUCAUUCUUUGUGAUUUAAGCUAACCUAUGGGGCAGUAUUAAAAGUUAAUGUUAAAGCCUCAUGAUCUAUGAAAUGAUGAACUUUAAAAGUCACUUUGCCCGUUUCUGUUUUGUGCAUUGUAGAUAGAAACAUGCAAAUACCAGAAUUACCAGUUAAUCAAUUGCUUUAGUUGACCACUAAACCUUUUAUUACUGUGAGCUUUUCUAAUCUUUAAAUUGAUUUCUUUGAAAGGUUUUAAAGCUGCUAAUAUUUGGUUUCCUAAAUCGGUUUUUUCUCCCUUAAAAAGUGGUGUAGAACUACACGUACUUAGGUUUAAAAGGUGUUCAAAAUAUUUCCACGAAAGCAGUAAUCAUUAUUUGCCUUUUUCUACUUUAAUUUUAUUUUGGAGGUUAUGCCAUUUUCUUUUAUAAAUUGUUUUGAAUCCAUAUAGGACCAAUGUAUGGAAAUAACCAACCUAGUGGAUUAUAGGUAGCCAGGCUUCGUAGAUUUUAGCAUUCAUUCACAACUGAAACAGAAUAGAAAUUUGUAGAUGCCUUCCUCAUGAGAACAAUAAGGUUUGGGGAGAGUUAAUAUUCAGUAAUGUUCUAGAUCUGAAAUUGAUUUAUAGGCAUAUACAUACACUGGGUGUGAUGUUGAUUGUGGGGGUUCAAUUUUAGUUUUCAGCAAUAAAUUUUAUACCACUUUCAUUACAAUUGUUUUGCUCAAAGCCACAAUGUGUAAAGUUUAAACCACUUUAUAUUUGCAAAUAGUUCUGUUAGUUCACUGGCAUUCCUUCCAAAGCAGUCCAGUGUGUAUAUUAAAUCUGAGAAUUUGACUAUAGACUGUUUUGUGGACAGAUAUUGAAAUGGAUGUCAUCCACAGAACAGACCAGAUAUGGGCUUGGGUACAACGACUGUCUACCUGAAGGGCAGCUUUAUUGUGAAAGGAAUGGUUUUAAUAGGCAGAUUUAAAACAAGGCUAUGAGUUCACACUGGUGGUCCAAACAAACUUCUGGAAACUGAAGUAUUUCUUUUCUCCAGACCACAGGAUACUUUACUUUUUGGGAGGCUUGUGUGUGUUUUUAUUGGGUUUUGGAUUUCUGAACCAAUGCUUGGCUUUAUGGCAAAAAUGUACAUGCCAAACCCUGUGCCUGCCUUUUUUUGUUUAAUUCCCUUUUAUAUUGAUGCAUGUGAACUUGUUGUGCACGUAUUCAUAACUUGAAUCAUAUUUUGGAAGGGGUGACUCUCUUUUACUGAAUCCUUGCUGUGUGUAGAGAAUGGUUUUAAGGCAAUCACUAAUUAUAUGUACUUGUGUAACUGUUAUGUGUUUUGUUUGUCGAUGAUUCAAUAAAGUAAAAAUGCUAUUUUA